AUGUCGGAGCAGGAGCGCUCCGACCACAAGGACAUCGACCCGAGCAGCGAUGUCGCCGCACCUGAGGAUCAGUCGCCUACCCGUGUCAGGCCAAAUUUGGUGCAAGAGCCCUUUCAGGGUUUCAAUCAAGACAACAGGAGCCGGCCAGCACCCAUCUCCACGGACGGACAGCUCAGUCCCGAGGCUGUCGAUCGAGUAUACCCUAUCAGAUCUGUCGUUUCAAUGGAUCCUAAUCCUACGCCUGGCGCGAGGGGUGAGCGACACGAGUACUUUGGUUCCGCCAGCAACGCCCGUCGCAUGUCAACGAACGCCGGGAUUGAGCAUGCGACUACACCUGGACGAACGAGACAGAGCAGUGCGGAUCGAAUAGCCUCGCCGCGAACGUCGGGAGAUCAUCCACGAUCGCAACGGACCGACAGACAGGCCAGUACGUCCACGACUGCCGAUACCCAAUCUCAGAAGUCUGGACAAUCUCAGGCUCAGAGCGACAAACCGAGCGAAAGACCCGCCCCGAUCCGAUCGACAUCCAUUAAGAGUGGGACAACAAGUUUGGACGAGGUAGGCCCUCACGUCACCGCACGUUUCAAGCAUGUUGUGUCAGAGGGUGGUCAUGCUAUCAUCACAGGACGAGAUGGAGAUACACUGCAAAGAUGCGAGGAUGAGCCCAUCCACAUCCCCGGCGCCGUGCAGGGCUUCGGUCUUCUCAUCGCGCUGGAAGAGCAGCAGGAAGGCAAGCUCAUUGUGAGAGUGGUCAGUGAGAACUGCAAGCGGUUGAUCGGAUACUCUCCCAUGCAACUGUUCGCUCUGGAGAGUUUUACAGACAUUCUCUCCGAAGAACAAGCGGACAAUCUUCUCGACCACGUGGACUUCAUCCGGGAUGAAGAUGCGGAUGUUGUCGUCAAUGGCCCGGAGGUCUUUACCUUGUCCAUUCGAUCGCCUCAAAAGAAGAACCAGAAGUUCUGGUGUGCGAUGCAUAUCAACGAAGCCAAUCCCGAUCUCGUCAUUUGCGAAUUCGAGCUGGAAGACGAUCAGCUGAAUCCACUGCAGGCGCCGAAUGACUCUACACCCGAACCUCCAGAAGAUACUCUCAACAGCCAGCCCACGGAAGAAGAGCUGGUGGAGAGCACGCACAAUACCAGUAAGCCUUUGCGCGUGCUGAGGAGCGCUCGAAAGCGGAAGGGCGAGGCGGCGGCCAUGGAAGUCUUCAACAUCAUGUCCCAAGUGCAGGAGCAAUUGGCCGCGGCGCCAACUCUUGAAUCGUUCCUCAAGAUCUUGGUCGGCGUCAUCAAAGAACUCACUGGUUUCCAUCGUGUCAUGAUAUACCAAUUCGACCACAGCUGGAACGGCAGGGUCGUAACGGAACUGAUUGAUCCUCGGGCGACCAAGGAUCUUUACAAAGGCCUCAAUUUCCCAGCCUCGGAUAUUCCCAAGCAGGCUCGAGAACUCUACAAGGUGAACAAGGUCCGCAUGCUGUACGAUCGAGAUCAGGAAACCGCACGUCUGGUUUGUCGAACAGUGGAGGAUCUGGAAACGCCCUUGGAUCUCACAUACUCCUACCUACGAGCGAUGUCGCCUAUUCAUCUGAAAUACCUCGCGAACAUGGCCGUGAGAUCGUCCAUGUCCAUCUCGAUCAACGCCUUCGACGAACUGUGGGGAUUAAUAGCAUGUCACACUUACGGUCCAAGAGGCAUGCGCGUAUCCUUUCCCAUCCGCAAGAUGUGCCGUCUUGUUGGCGACUCGGCAUCACGAAACAUUGAACGACUGUCAUACGCAUCACGAUUGCAGGCGAGGAAGCUCAUCAACACCGUGCCGACCCAAGCCAACCCUUCCGGCUACAUCAUAGCUUCUUCAGAGGAUCUUCUCAAGCUCUUUGACGCCGACUUCGGCCUCCUAUCUAUUCACGGCGAGACCAAAAUCAUGGGUAACGUCGAACACACCCAAGAAGCUCUUGCGAUGCUCGAAUAUCUCCGAAUGCGUUGCAUCACGAAUGUCAUGACUUCGCAGGACAUUGCGGGUGAUUUCCCUGACCUUCGCUAUACACCUGGAUUCACCGAGAUUGCUGGCCUGUUGCUCGUGCCGCUGUCUGCGGGCGGGCAAGACUUCAUUGUGUUCUUCCGCAGAGGCCAGCUGAGAGAGGUGAAAUGGGCCGGCAACCCUUACGAAAAGUUCAUCAAAGAGGGUACGGAGGGAUACCUCGAACCGAGGAAAAGUUUCAAGACAUGGAGUGAGACGGUCGUGGGCAAGUGUCGCGAAUGGUCCGAGGAAGAGAUCGAAACUGCAGCUGUACUGUGUCUGGUAUACGGCAAAUUCAUCGAAGUCUGGAGGCAGAAAGAGGCCGCGCUACAGAACAGCCAGCUUACCAAGCUGCUGCUGGCCAAUUCUGCGCAUGAGGUCAGAACACCUCUCAACGCCAUCAUCAACUAUCUGGAAAUCGCAAUGGAGGGCAGUCUGGACCAAGAGACGAGAGACAACCUCACCAAGUCUCACUCGGCAUCCAAGUCGUUGAUUUACGUCAUCAACGAUCUCCUCGAUCUCACCAAGACCGAGGAGGGCGGCGAGCUUGUCAAAGAUGAGGUCUUUGAUCUCGGAGCGACAUUGUUCGAAGCCACAGACAUGUUCAAAGGUGAUGCGAGAAGGAAGAACAUCACAUACAACGUCCAAGAUCUGUCGGGUCUGACCUCGCCGGUCAUCGGUGACCAGAGGAGGGUUAGGCAGGCUAUCAGCAAUGUUACCGCCAACGCCAUCCAAAACACCGUCGAGGGAGGAGUGACCAUUGAGAUGUAUGUCGCAUCUCGAGAGUCUCCUGAACAUGUUGAUGUGGAAAUCAGCGUCGCCGACACGGGAUGUGGCAUGAACUCCAAGAAGCUGGAUGCUCUCUUCCGCGAUCUUGAGCAGGUGCAGAUGUCGUCCGACCAGCUUCUGACGGCGGCUGAUCCGGACUCCAAGAGCCUUAGAUCCGAAGACAGCAAGUCGGGAGAAGGUCGGACGCUCGGUCUUGGCCUCGCAGUCGUGGCAAGAAUCAUCCGCAACAUGAAUGGGCAGCUACGCCUCAAAUCUGAAGAAGGCAAGGGCUCUCGCUUCGUGAUACAAUUUCCCUUCGACCUUCCUGAACCUGAAGAAGGGCAGAAACGAAUCGAUGAAGGCACUUCUUCUGUGGGCUCCGCUACUCCCAUGAAUGAGCAAACCUCUUCCCUCAACACCUCAGGCCAAGGCGGAACGUUACCUGCUCGCCGCAACUCCGCCGAAGUCCAAGGCGGCGGCGCGAGCACUGGUCUCUCUCGCAAGUCCAGCAGAGACUCGUUCCAGAGUAAGAAGAGUCUGAACAGCAUGCUCUCCGCCCGCAGCGCCAUGUCAAAAUCGUCCAACCGCAGCGCCAUAUCCGAAGCCGACCGCCUUAUCGAGGCGAUCCAGGAACCACAUCGCGUGGAAGGCUGGCAGGAUGGAUCUGUGCAUCGAUCCACUAGUCGUGGAAACACCAUGUCUGCCCGUCCAAUGUUGAGCAAGCGCCAUAGCACAGCAGGCAGCGGCGGCAACUCAAUCACCUCCCCACUGAAACACCGGCCGAGGAGUAUUGAAGUCGCACCCGUGCCGGACCACAUGCGCAGUCAAAAAUUGGCCACUACGAGCCGCCCUUCCUCGUCGCCAAGCAAACCCGGCGAGUCCAUGGUCACUGACCAAGGCACACCGGUCCGAUCUAUCAGGAUACCCGACCAUGCAGGCCUGGAUUCUCCCAAAGACGACGGCUUUCGCUCACCUGCUGCCCACGAACGCGCUCUGCUGUCCACAACCUUGUUGGAAGAACCGCCAUCGGCUAAUGCAUCUUCCAAGGACGGUGAAAGUCCGCGACUGGACACGCAUCACAUGCGUGUUCUGGUGGCGGAAGACGAUCCUGUCAAUAGUCGCAUAAUGAAGAAGAGGCUAGAGAAACUGGGGCAUGAGGUCGUGUUGACGGUUAAUGGUGAGGAGUGUAGCAGCAUGUACUGUGAUAAUCCGGGACAGUUUGAUAUUGUCCUGAUGGAUAUGCAGAUGCCAAUCGUCGAUGGCCUCACCUCCGGCAAAAUGAUCCGCUCCUUCGAAACAACCCACCCGACCCCCUCCCCCACACCCGUCCUCUCCCCCCGCGCCGCACUCAACGGCCGCGUCCCCAUCAUCGCCGUCUCCGCCUCCCUCGAAGAACGCAACCUCCAAACUUACAUCCGCACCGGCUUCGACGGCUGGAUCCUCAAACCCAUCUCCUUCCCUCGCUUAUCCGAAAUCAUGGAAGGCAUCGUCGACCCGCAAGUCCGGAGGGAAAAUCUGUAUCGUGCGGGAGGAUGGGAACGAGGAGGAUGGUUCGAGGAAGGGAAGAAGGCGGAGGAGAGGAGAGAGGAUGUGGUGGGGGAAAAGGUGGAUUUGAAGCCGAGUGAACGCCCGCCGGUGAGCAAGCCGAGUGAGGGUGUGAAAAUUGCGGCUGUUAGUGAUGGUCCGGAGGGGAAGGAGGAACAUGUGAGUACGCAGAGUCGGGAGCAGGAGAGGUUGUUGGCUGUGCAGAAGGAGGGGAGAGAGGAGGGGGGUGGGAAGGAGGGGUGA